AGCGAAGAAUUCAAAGCGAUAGCCACAUUGAUUUAUCUCGCGAUCCAGCUGUCUCCGACUAACCUUAAUCACACUUUGUUGUAAUUUUUCGCCGUGAAAAAAUUAUUCUGGGACCUCGAAAGGGGUGAUAAACUGCAAUUAAGGCAAAAAAAGGAGGGUUCAGAAGGAGCAAAGAUUGAAAUACAUGAAAAACCCGUACUUUAUUUUUAAAAGUUUCUUACACACAGCAACUUGCUAUCUUCUCAGUGUAAAGCUAAAUGUUUUAUUUUAUUUCAUCCACGUGAGUUUGCACUAGAUAUUCCAAAUCUUAUAAAAAAAAAUCAUCCUUCCUUAAACCUGGUGAAAAGUUAUGAACGAAAAACAUAUCGUGUUAGAUGUAAAUUCGAUCGAACAAGGGGCUUUUGUUUCUCUACACUUUCUGUACAAGAAAGUUCCGUGUCUGAAUUCAAUUCAAAUUAAUAGUCAUUACAUCUCAAAUGAAGGCCUCGUUUGAACUAACGCCACCUCGGUGUAAGCCAAUCUUUAAGGAUUUAUUUCUAAAGUAGAAACACGGAUGUUUAUUUAUAUUUAAUUAGAUAACCUGGUCGUGUUACGACCUGUUAAAAGGUAGAAUGAACGGCUUUAUUACAAUAAUCAAUUAAGAGGAGCCACAUUUAUGCCGGCAAGAAAAUGUGUUGAUUGCUAAUUUCGGUAUGUUUCCUUCAGAUUACAGUAAUGAUAUAUAUUUCUAAUUACACUAGCGCAUGACGAUCAUAAAGUACUUUGUAUUGAGAUUAUGUUUAAAUUCUAGGACGUUAAGCACAGAGAGUGUAAAAACGAAUGAUUUAUUAAUUCUGUUCAGGACAACAAAGCGAAUCGAAUUAAAAAACUGUUUUGCAAAACUAUAACGACAUUUGUAACUAAUUGUCAUAAAAUAUAACUUUAUUCUCUAAAUAGGGCUACAAUUUGGCAAAGCGUUACAGCUUUUAUAUAUCUUUUAACGUGAACGAACUUUUCUUAGCUUACCAUGCGUACGACACGAAUUUCGGGAAUCAAUUAUUACUUAAAGUGGUUUGAUUAAGGAGUCAGAAAUUUUUCUCCGUGUUACUUAGUGUAUCAAGCAUUGCAAUAUUUACGAAUGCAAUCUCCUGAAUUUUACCUCAAGCUUAGAGUCACCUGUCGUAGAAUAGCACGCUAUAUCAACUUACAAAACUUAACUGAAUCUUUUCGUGUAUCACUAUAGAAAUAUUUUUGACAAUUCGUGUGGAUUCCAACCACAAAAUUCAAACAUGGGUAGGUAAUAUCAAAACACUAUGAUCAAGAUGUCUAUGUGAUAUCGCUCAUUUUUGACUUAUUUCUUUAUUAAUUUUUGAGAUAACAUUUCAAAAACUGAAAACGCACAUUAAGGGUUUGUUUUCCUCUAAUUGCGGGUAUCUUGCUGUUUUUUUUUGUUAUUUUUAUAUUUCCGUAACCUUGGUUUUUUUGAAAGACAAGAAGUGGCAAAUGAAUGCGUUUGUAAGCACCUGUAUUCCCCACAGUUUUCGCACAAUGCUUUUAAUUACAAGUCUUGCCAAACCGUGUCCCAAACAUAAUUUUUAAUUUGUUUUUUUUAAGGAGGACUUCUGCAAGCCGUUAAAUAAUAUAUUUCCUCAAGUUCGUUUCCGAUGUUACGCCUUUGCACGGUCUCUUUAGAGCGCCUAUACAACAAUUUGCGAUUUUCGUGUGUCAAUAAUUAUUCGCUUAUGAACGUGCUUGAUUGGGCCUGUUGUUUUCACGGUACAUAACAGUGUGGCCUAGAAGUUCGUCGGCUUCUUUUGACAGCAGACCGACAUUUAGGACAUGAAUGAAACAGCGAGCGAAAGAACCUUUUCUGGGACUUGUGAAUCGGGUACAUCGUUUCUAAAUUCUUCGAGCUCUGGCAAUAUUUCAAAUCAGACUUGUUUCUCGGAGCUGCGGGGAAACGGACACCCAUUCGGUGAGACCUACAUUCUGGUUACCACCGUUCUGUUUGGCGCAAUACUUGUCGCAAGCUUGGCCGGUAACAGCUUGGUCAUCUUUACUAUCCUUCGCCGAAAAAGCAUGAAAACGCCGUGUAACUACUUCAUCAUGAAUAUUGCGUUCUCAGACAUUGGCGUCGGUGUAAUAGCGGCCCCAUUGCGUAUCCUUGAAAUCUUUGCGUCCUGGCCGUUCGGCGACUUCAUGUGCCAUUUUUUAUGGCCUAUACAAGAUGUCUUCGUUUGCGUGUCAGUUCUGACUCAUACCACCAUUGGCCUGGAGAGAUACAGAGCUAUCGUCAGACCGUUUAAGCCGAAGAUGUCCUUGCACAAAACCAAAAUCAUCAUGGUUAGUUUAUGGCUCGGCUGUUACUGCGCUAGCGGUAUUCCGCAGUCGUUUUUGCUGAAAUUAACCGAAAUCAUGGGAUGGAAAUACUGUUCUAUUCACUGGCCGUCGUUGCUCUUCCGUCAUUGUUACAUUGUGUAUCUCGUUGUUGUGUUUAUAGUUGUCCCGUUGGUCAUUCAGACAUGGUGCUACAUUAAAAUCGUCACCGUUGUAAGCAAGAAAACAGACUUCGGCCAAUCGGCGCGCAUCGUUUCAAGAGGCAAGAACGAGCGGGAAAUGCAAGAAACAAGAAGAAAACGGCUUAUACGCAUGUUAAUAACGAGUCUAGUCGUGUUUCAAGUGUGUUAUAUACCUCGCGGCGUUUUAAUGAUAACCUUGGAGUUUCAACCUGUUGAUGUUAUUAAGAGUCAAGUUGUUGCCUACGCGGAUUUGAUUUCGUUAGUCUUGUACUAUUGCAAGCAUAUUGUUAACCCAGUGAUUUUGUUCUCUAUGAGCGGCGAUUUUCGAAAAGCGUUUGUGGCCAGUGUGACUGAAUGUCGCAAACCAGAGCAGAGUCUUUACAGCCAACAACAGAUUACUCUUCAAGAAUCACGACACGAAGCGACUACAGUUUAGAACACUGUUUUUCGAUCAAGUUUGUUCAAGAAAGUGCUCUAGUCCCUCACUGAAUUUCUCCGAAUUUAGUCUGUAGAUAAAUGCAAUACGGAUUGGAAGUCGAGGAGUACAUGAAUAAGGGAAUACAAUGACUUUUUGAGAAAAUAUUUUAUUUUUCACCUUUUGGCGAAGCGAGGAUCGCAAAUGAUACUGCAUAAGCGAAAGGAUAGAGGAAAUUUCCGAAAAAAAGUCAUUUAAUUAUCGUUCAUUAGCAAUAUAUAAGGCUAAAAUGAAUUACCCAAGAAACCAACAGAUUUUAAUGACAUUUUCAAUAACACGUCAAGUAUUUCGCAAUAUGUAAAUUAACUGUGCAAGUCUGAAUGAAAAAAGCUGAAACGUCUGAAAAUAAUUAUGAUUAAAAAUAGUUCGACAACUAAUGCCUAACAACAACAGUUUAUGAGCUUACAUUUUCCAUUUGAACUUCCGUGAAGAAAAUCUUUAAUGCGUAGUUAAGCCCGACAGGAGAAACACAUUUGACUUGUCAGUUCCCAAUACAUCCGCAGGCAGUUUCCUAUGCCAGGCUCCUAGGGCCUAUCUUAAAAUGGUGUUUAUCCUUCACGGCAUAGGAGGGUGGCGAAAUUUUUGGCGGUAUCAUUACGAGGAUAAUAACUGAAGUCGGGCAUAAUUGGGAGCAUAAUGGUCCGUUUUGGUGGGCGGCGCUAAAAAGCACAAUGUUCAAAGAGCACAAGGUGUUGUUCGCGUAUACGGUCGAACCUGUAUAUAACGGCCACCCUCGGGACUUGAGGAACUGGCCGCUUAAUACAGGAUCACUGAAAAUACUCACUGGGCGUGGUCUAAUGUCAAUUUUAAAAAGACUUCGGCAUGCAACAACUAUGUAAUGAAGGAAUAAGAUAUUUUGUUGUGAACUGUAAGUCAUAGGAAUGCAGUACUGUAUCCCCGUGUUUUCACGAGAGAUGUUUACCUUGGUUUUGUUUUAACUUUACUGAAGUGAAAUUUUUAAU